AUUGACUAUCUUCUCGUAGGUAUCUACGGAGUACUGGUGAAUUGAUGAUAGUGAUAACUUGCUGGUGGUGACGAAAGCGUAACCAGGGGAAGCGAUGACGUUGCCAACCACCCUCUACGUGUAUCUGCACAGUACAAAGCAUCAGCUACGAGUAUCUCUCUCACGCAACAUAGCACACGACCCAUCACCACCUCUGUCCUCUCCUGUCUCUCACUAUUCAAUUAUACUAAUUGCAAUCAUUUUAAUAUUGUCCAAUUCACUAGUUCGUCAAUUCGUAGUGCCGGCUAGCUGUGGCUGUGUACUCGUCAUUACAAGUAGAGCUCCACGAGCUUCGAAGAGCUAGACGAGCUAUGGGGGAGCUUGGACCGCCGUCUGAUGAGAAAGUACGGAGUACUGUAUCCACCAAAUAAACCCACGGCCUAAUACUACUUCACCAAACUGUUUGAGCAGGGAAGUACGCCCGCCCGCACGCCCGGUAUAAUUUCC